UUGCAGCUUAAUGUGAUAGUGUCAAUAGAAUCAUUUUCCACGUUUCGAUGGAUUUUUAUAGCCGUAUCAUUUUUAUUCAUUCUAUCAGCGAUAGCAUUUCUGAUUGUUGGAAUUGCUGCUACAUGCGCAUCAUCAGCUCAUUCUAAUCUAAAAUCGAACAUAGUAAAUGAACGAUCACUAUUAUUUCGAAUCAUUACAUCACCGUGCCUACUUGGCUCACUAUCAUUGGUACUCAGUGCUUUAAUAAUAUUUUGGUCCAUGAUCGUAUCCGUCGUAGCAGUUUUCACGUCAUUCUACAUGACAUUUAUUAGCGCUGUGUAUUCAUUCUGUAAUAUGAUUGAUGACAAAUGUUUGGAUUUUAGAGUGUUACUACCAGUUAUUGUUAACCGUAUCAAAAACAAGAAAGUGGAUUUAAUAAUUUGCAAAGACAAGAAAGAAGCAUUGUGUGCAGCAGAAAAUAACCAAAUUUGGUCAUUUAUUGGAGCUUUAUUUUUUUCAUUUCUGGCACUUACGGGAUUAAUUUAUUUUCUCAUGUGUUUGAGUGCAAAUUACACCAGAAUUCGAAUGGAGAAACGAGCUCGCAAACGUGAAAAUUAUGCAAUGAAUCAAGGAACUGUCGAUUCAAAUUCAUUCAUUCUCACAAAUAUGAGCAAAUAA